AUGUCAGGACCGGCCAAAGAGACGAAACCGCGUGAUGCAAGACUCCUGCACCUCCUCCUCACCUCCCUCAACGUCCCCCAAUAUGAAGAACAAAUCCCACAACAGCUCCUCACGUUCGCACACAACUACGUCGCUUCCACCCUGCAAGACUCCCUCGUCUUUCAAGAACACAGGGCUGCCACAACAAUGGAUACAUCGGAUGUCAAGCUCGCCGUCGCUGCAAAAAUGUCCCAUGCGUUUCGUGGCGCACCACCAAAAGAAUUCCUACUAGAACUCGCAGGUGAACGGAAUCGACGCGCAUUACCGCCCGUGAGUGCUGGGUAUGGCUUGAGAUUACCACCGGAGAAGUAUUGUUUGACGGCUGUGAAUUGGGAUUUGUUGGCAGAGUCGGAUGCAGACCUGCCGGCUGCGUCGCAAGCGGCGUUGAUGGGUGCAAAUGGAACGGAUGGAGCUGCUGCUGCUGCUGCUACGAAUGGCGAUGUUACCAUGCAAGAUGUGCAAGCUGAAAAUCAAAAGCUCUUAUGA